AUGCAGCAUCAACAUCAAUGCGCUGGCCGUGGUCAACAGUGCAAAGGUUCAGCGCUUAGCGACGAGAGGGGUUGUUGUGCUCAUCUAGUGUGCGGCAAAAGUGGAUACUGUGAAGAAGCACAUUACUUGACAUUUUCCACCGAACUCUGCGUUGAAGCAAUCCAACCCAGAACAAAUCCCGAAUGUAGUGGAGGAACAGUUUCCGUGCCGACUACUUUGGGUGCUGGCCAAUUUUGUUUGUGCGGUUGUAAACAAGCUAGCAGUGCUAUAUCCCAACUACAACGAUGCGCCUCGUCCACCAUUAUGUCGAUAAUUGCUACUUAUCUCAAGCCUCGUGCAUCUCCUGAAUUUCUAAAGAACAUGGAAAAGUACCAACCUGACAUACUCAAAGAGACACAGGCAGUAUAUGACAAGUUCCAGGCUUACAAAAAAGCUCAUCCCGAAGAUAAAAGUGGAUUGAAAUUCCUUAAAAGUGACGAAAGUCCUUGUGCAUCCCUGAGAUCCACUGCUCUUGCAGAAUGCAAAAAGUGCCCUGCUUGCAAAUACUUCCUUUAA